AGUGGUGGUUGCAUAACAAUGUGAAUGAACUAAAUGCCACCAGAUUGUAAACUUUAAAAUGGUUAAUACUGUCAUAGGGAUUUCACCUUAAUUAAAUUUAUAUAUAUCCAAGCCUCUCCAGCCAACACACUCCCAGCCCUACAGCCUACAAAACAUGGGCCCAGGUCCAGGUGGCUCUGCUCUCUUCUCAGUGUGGCCUGUGGGGGACAGGCAAGGUCUCUGAAUAAGGAACCCCAUCCUCCCCUCCCACAGGAGUUCCCCAGGGAUCAAAUAACUAAGGUGAAAGUGCUCUGAGCAGCAGGAGCCAUGCUGACACAAGAUGCUCACCAAUAACACAAAUUGGGGGCUCCGAGCCUUCUCCUUGGCUUGGAGGGAGAGAGAGGCAUGUGUCUGUCUCUCUCUCUAAGCUUGGUCUGUGUGCUGUGUGUGUGUGUCUCUCUCUCUCCCGUCCUUCCUCUCCCCAUCCAGGAGUCUCCCUGAAGCUCAGCACUGCCCUUUCCACCACACUGCAUUCAGUCUUACCUCUCUCUAGAUUCUCACUUUGGAUUGCAAGAUGAAGGCUGGGGAAUGCCAGGGGUGCCAUUGAGUAGAAGUGUCAGAGUGAUAACAAUUCUAAUUUUCAGAUUUCUUUUAGCCCUCCCACCCCCAGCCAGUUCUGCUUUGGUGAGAAUCCAGACAGACAUAGGAGAGUGGGAUUCCAAUCUGAUUUAGAGAGGGUAAAAUGCAUAUGUAAAGCAUUUACCACAGGGCCAGCCUUCUGCUCAGCACAUCACCUGAAUAGCUCAUUUAAUUCUUGGAACACCUCUAUUAGUAGAUACUACUGUUGUCCCAUUUUGCAGAAGACAGAACUGAGGUUAAAAGAGAUAAACUCACAGAGCUGCAAGAGUCUGGAUUUUAAUGCUUGCAGCCUGACUCCUCCCUGUCACCGCCACACUGGAUCUUUUGCUGUGAUUUCCCCUCUAACUGGAUUGGGGGAAGGCAGGAAAAGCCCUGACCCUCUCCCACAGAGCCUCAGCCAGUAAUACUGCUUUCCGGAUGAGAGGGGCGGCCCUGAAGUCCGAAGCAAAGCCAGCCCCACAGCCACAGUCCCUCCAGCCUCAUUGCAGCUCCCCAACAGUCCAGACCUGCCCACCCUUCAGGACCAGAGGUUCUCCUACCACCGGCUCAGACACUUGCUGGUCCUCAUGUCCACCACGGGGCCCAGCGUGGGGCCUGCCAGCGACUUGGGAGAGAUCCACAACUGGACCGAACUGCUCCACUUCUUCAAUCACACCCUGCCUGAGUGCCACAUGGAGCUCAGCGAGGACACCAAGCGAGUGGCCCUCUUCGUGCUCUACCUGGCCAUCUUCGUCGUCGGGCUGGUGGAGAACCUUCUGGUGAUCUGCGUCAACUGGCACAGCUCGGACCGCGCAGGCCUGCUGCGCCCCUACGUCCUCAACAUGGCCAUCGCAGACCUGGGCAUCGUCCUGUCUCUGCCCGUGUGGAUGCUGGAGGUCACGCUGGACUACACCUGGCUCUGGGGCAGCUUCUCCUGCCGCUUCACUCACUACUUCUAUUUCGUCAACAUGUACAGCAGUAUCUUCUUCCUGGUGUGCCUCAGCAUCGACCGCUACGUCACACUCACCAACGCCUUUCCAACCUGGCAGCGCCACCAGCACCGAGGACGACGGGCUGUGUGCAUGGGGGUCUGGGUCCUCGCAGCCCUCAUCCCGCUGCCUGAGGUGGUCCACAUCCAGCUGGUGGACAGCUUUGAGCCCAUGUGCCUCUUCAUGGCACCUUUUGAAACGUACAGCACGUGGGCCCUGGUGGCGGCCCUGUCCACCACUGUCCUGGGCUUCCUGCUGCCCUUCCCUCUCAUGGUGGUGUUCAACGUGCUGACCGCCUGCCGGCUGCGGCAGGCAGGACAGCCUGAGGGCCGGCGCCACUGCCGGCUGGUGUGCGCCUACAUAACUGUCUUUGUCAUCUGCUGGCUGCCCUACCAUGUGACCCUGCUGCUGAUCACACUGCACGGGACCCACAUCUCCCUCCACUGCUACCUGGCCCACCUGCUCUACUUCUUCUACGACAUCAUCGACUGCUUCUCCAUGCUCCACUGUGUUGUCAACCCCAUCCUUUACAACUUUCUCAGCCCCAGCUUCCAGGGCCGGCUGCUCAAUGCUGUGGUCCACUACCUUCCCAAGGUCCAGGACAGGGAGGGCAGACAUGCCUCCUCCUCCUCCUCCACUCAGCAUUCCAUUGUCAUCACCAAAGAGGGCAUCCAGCCCCCUGCAGCGGGCCCCCAUCACCGAGUCUGAACUUCCAGGCCGCAAAUACCCCACCCACCUCUGCUCCCCAAUCUUGCACAACCAGCUGAGGAAAAGUCCGGUCUCCCCCACCAGCAAAGUAGAAAGCAGGAAGUGUAGGUGAGAGAUUUGUGGGAGGAGGGAGGAUGAGGUGGGGAGAGGGUCAGAGCACUCAGGGCUAAUUUUGAAUAUGUCUUAAAAUAUUGAGGUGGGGAUCGGGAGGGGGCAGGGAGGGAUAGAGAACAGGUUCUUGCAUUGUACUACUUGGCGUGGUCCUUGUGUCUAAGGGAGACAUGCAGGGGAAAGGUGAAAUAAAGAACAGAGACAGCCAUGACUCUGGAUCUUUAGAAAAAGUCUGCAUUACCAGCUGAAAUUGGGAAGGGAGCUGAAGCUAAAGAGAUGUUCAGUAGAAACUAGAUGAUCAUUUCAGAAAUCAUCCUGGCCGGAAAGAGUGAGCUCCGCAGGAACCCCACACAACUUUCCUUUUGUGUUUGUGUUUGUUGAUCUCCCAGCACACCAUGCAGGCUGAGGGGACAAGAGGCCAGAGGCCAAGGAGCCAAGAGGCCUCAGCAGGCCGUUUCCUAGCAGUGCAUCCUCAGUGUGAUGAUAAAUGCAGGGGCGGGGUGAAGCCGAAGCCUGAGACCAGCACCAUGCAGCUGGACUGCAGGAGGGUUCUCCACCCCCACCAUCCAGGAAACAGCUCCAUUUCCUUACCGAUAAGCUCCCCCUACUCCACCCCAACCCCCUCACCCGAAAACAGAGAAGCUGUCCCAGAGUCCAUGCUCCUCACAGCUCAUCUCCCCCAGCUCUGGGUCUAGGACGUUUCCAGACUUCUACCUGCUGUCCUUCCCUUUCCAAAUCAUAGGAAAAUAUCACAGGACAUCCAUUCUGGGAGCAGACUUCAGGACAGCUGGCAGCAGGCACUGACAGGUGCUCUGACCCUCAGCCUUUGCCCCUGCACAGGGUGGGGAAGUGGAAAUCUGCCAAUCCCAUCACAGGGCAGAAUUCUGGUAUUCUUCUAAGUCAGUUCUCACCCUCAGACUUCUUUCUCCCUGGUCAAGUCUUCUCAUAAUUCUCCUGCCCAGGAACUUAGUUCUAUUAGCACUUGUCCUAUAGACAGGAAAAGAAGUCCUCCUGUCAACACAUACGUCUGCUGGAAAAGGCUCAUUCAUCAGUUUGGGAAACUUGGACAAUAUCCAUUAAGCACCCUGACUAAAGUAAACCUAAAAGCAGGUCCCUGCCCAGCAGUUCUGAAACUUUGGCCACUUCAUCCUGCCUGUGGAGAGCAAAGGGCCUCUGGACAGUCACUGAGAUGCUCUCUCUUGCUCAAGUGUGCACUAUGUAUGUUUAACUUGGAAGAACUACCAGCUAACCUAGACCGCCAUCCCCUCUUCCCUUAGAAAGCUGAGACUGUAUUCCCCAGCGGCAUUAAACAUGUGCUCCAACGGUGUACAGAACUGUUUGUCAAGAGUAUGGAGGGAAAGCUGUGUCUCCCUCCCCUGCUCACUGGGCCCAAACCUGAAAAAGUGUCAGCUGCUCCUUUUCAACCAGGGGAGUCCAGGUCGUGACUUGGGGCUGUAGUAAAGGCUUAACAGAACGAUCCUAAAUGGAUUAGGAUUUCCACCCUUGUGCCCACAUAAAAACCAAACCCCCACCUAAUGCCCAUAUGACCACCCCCUUUGACUCAGGCUCCAAAAUUUCCCUAAAAGAAACCCAGUUUUAUAUCUGUCACACCCCAGGCUGCCUGAGAACAUUUUCCCAAAAUCUUUUCUCAUGGACUCUCCUCCGGCAACCACUGAUCACCCUGGCAGCACAAAUACUUCCUUAGGGCCUAUGAGAACUGGUGUGCCGACAGCAUUCCACUCUGCAUUUGCUGAGCACUGAUGGGGGCCAGGCUUGGGCAACGCGCUCUGAGACCAAAUGGACUGUGUCACACCCUAACUCUUCUCUGCUGGGGGACAUGUGCUACCAACCUCGUGAAAUUAUGCCAAACCUCAGCCCCCUCUCAAUCUGCCUCUCCACUCCAACACUGUGUUACGGGGAUUUAAAUGGCAUCGGCAAGACAAUUUGUGGCUAAAUCUCUGGUCCAACUAGACAUUAGCAGAAUCCCACUGCUCUCUCUGAGCCAAAAGAUUCCCCUCAGGGAUGUUCCCUCUGAAAAGGUUGGGUCAUUGAGUUAAUUUUCCACUAAAAACAGGUCACGUUAACCUUGGGGAAUUCCAGCUACAGGAAUGGAAAAUGUGCUACCUGAAAGAAUUCUGGCAUCUGCUGAGCAGAAUCCUGCUACUGAAAGGGUGAUGACCCAGAUACUGUGAACUCUGAAAGGAUGAGCAUGAUCACAGUAAAUAGGAAAAGAACUCCCAUUUCAAAUUUCCUUUUUUUUUAUUCUAAAUAAAAACCACACUUUGUGCCGAACAAUGGAAUAUAAAAGAAUCAGAUGUUCAACGAUUUUAGACAUCUACUAUUUGGGAAAAGAAGUUUACAAAAUAUACAAAACUUUACAGCAAUAGAUAGUAAACACUUAAAUAUUAGGAGGUCAGUACUUAUUAAUUUAAUGGAAGGAGUGAGACGUCAACAACUCUUCUCGGUUUCAUAAGAGACUUUAGCUAGUAGAGGUGGGGGGGGACUGGACAGGGGAAGGGUGUUACGGAAACAUCCAAUUCAAAAGCUUCGUUUUCCUUCUGAUGCCAAGUUGACCACGAGUAAUCACAUUGAAACAAAAGCUGUGCACCCUGCUUUCUGAUUCAUUCAGUGCAGGAUUUAGGGAAAAGGACACGUGUGGACUCCCAGAUGGGUAGGUUUCUCCACAAAGCUCACUUUCCUGACAACAAAAUCAGUGUCUAUCUGUAAUUAAUUUAAAUUCACUUCCAAAGUUGAGUAGACUGGGGAAUAGAGCACAGCAGGCGGCCAGAAGAGAAGAAAAUUCAGCAGCAGCAAAACCUGACUGGGGAGAAGGUAUUUAAGUCCAAAGGCUGUCCUAGAGACAAAAGGGUACUGACAGAUCAGAAGAAAGCCAAAAAGAAUUUUUACCCAUUUCCUCACCCCCAUCCCCACCUCCUUUCUUCCCAACUAGCCAUGAACUAUAGAGACUCUAUGGAGCCUUCAAAUUUAGGACCAAACACCAGGGUACAGCAGAGCUUCCAGCGGAUGCUGUGGCAUCAGGGAGCAACUGAUGGUCAGAGGAGUGCCAGGAUACUGAUCCCUUCCUCUGGCCACAAGCAGCCUCUACUGUUUACAGUGUACCAUUACAGAAUCACCCUUUUUCCUUAGGGAAAAAAGCCAGGAAUGGCCUCGCACUUGCUUUAAUGUUCUAGUCACCAUUUUGAAAUUCUUAAUUUUUAAACAAAGGGCUCUGUAAAUUAUGUAGUUGGUCCUGAGUACAGAACAAGAAAAAGAGG